AAGUAAUUAUGUUGGUGGAUGCGUAAUUAUUUCAAUCAUUAAAGGCAACAGUAUUUACAAAUACUAUUAAUACUAAUGUAGAGUGAUGAGGUGAAAAAUAACCAUCUCUCUCUACCUGCUAGUCAACCAAAUCUCCCCAGUUUUCAUACCUAUCACAUGGUUUUCAUCAAUCCCUUACAAGUCCAGUCUUGUCUCUCUCUCUCUCUCUAGAUUGAUUGCCAUGGAUCCUCGCAUAUGGAGCAAGCUGCCCGAUCACCUACUCGAACACGUCCUCUCCUUCCUCCCUCUGAAGGCCUUCCUGGGCCUCCGAUCAACCUGCAAACACUUCAAGUCCCUCCCCUUCACCCCCUACUUCAUCUCCCGCCACUCCCUCCCGCAGUCCCCGCCGCCCUUCUCCUCCUUCCUCCUCCUCUCCCACCCUCACUUCCACCACACCUGCCCCAUCUUCAACACCGCCCUCAACACCUGGUGCUCCAUCCCCCUCUCCUUCCCCCCUAUGCCCUCCUCCCACCUCGUCGCCUCCUCCCACGGCCUCCUCUGCUACUCCGUCCCCUCCUCCUCCUGCUUCGUCGUCUGCAACCUCCUCAGCCGCUCCCUCCGCCGCCUCAAGUUCCCCGCCUGCCCCUUCGCCUACGACCUCCCCACCUUGGUACCCUCCGCCGCCAACACCUACAAGCUCUUCAUGCUCUCCACCACCGGAUCGUCCCGCCACGCCCUCGUCUACGACUCCGCCGCCGCUUCAUGGCAGCGUUUCCCCAGCCCCGACCCGCCCCUCAACGAGAACCACCACCAGAAGGGCGUCCUCCACGACGGAGGGAUGCUCUUCACGACACCCGAGCCUUUCCUCAUUCUGAGCUUCCGCGUGGAGAGCGGCAAGUGGGAGACGCCGCCCAUCGACCUCCCCGAGGGGCUCGUGUUCGCACGGCUGGCCGGGGACGGGGACCGGAAGCUCUACCUGGUGGGCGGGGUCGGGGCAAGCGGGAUCUCAAGGAGCAUGAAGCUGUGGGAGCUGGGGGGAGAUGGGGAGAUGUGGAUGGAGGUGGAAACAAUGCCAGAAAUGGUGUGCAGGAAAUUUCUCUCUGUUUGCUACCACAACUAUGAGCAUGUCUACUGUUUCUGGCAUCAAGGUUUAAUUUGUGUGUGCUGCUACACAUGGCCUGAGAUAUUAUACUACAAAGUUUCUAGAAGAACCUGGCAUUGGCUGCCUAAGUGCCCUUCUUUGCCUGAGAAAUGGAGCUGUGGAUUCAGGUGGUUUUCCUUCACACCUCAGCUCUAUGCCUCUGCAUAAAAACACUUCAAUUUUUUGCAUUUAUUGUCAUUGUUAUGUAGAUUUGAGUGUUUGAAUAUUUGAGAUAGCGAUGGAGAUGGAGAUAUACACUUGUAUUAUAUAUAUCAACAAUUCAAUAUAUUUGUCUGAAUAAUGUACAGGAAAGAAUUGAGUUCCAAAAUUGAAAUUUAACUAUAUAAAAA